CCUUUCUGCCGGGAAGCCUCCUCCUCCUCCUCCUCUUCUUCUGGGCCUCAUUUUCGGGCUGCGCAGAGGAGGAGGAGGAGGAGGAGGAAGAUGAAGUGCGGCGGGACCUCUGAGGCCAAGGCGGCCACCGCAGAGACCCAGCAACUGGCCCAGCAGGUAAAGGCACAGGUGGAAGAGAAGGAAGGCAAGAACUUUGACGUCUUCACUGCAGUUGAGUUUAAAACCCAGGUGGUUGCUGGAACAAAUUACUUCAUCAAGGUCCAUGUUGGCAAUGAUGAGUUCCUUCAUGUGCGAGUAUUCCAAAGCCUCCCUCAUGAGAACAAACCACUGACGCUCACUGGUUACCAAAGCAAGAAAGCAAAGCACGAUGAGCUGGCCUACUUCUAGAGGGCUUUAAAUGGGUUUUUUUCCACAGGAUAUAUAUAUAUAAAUCAAUGCUUACUCUGCAAAUGCUAAUAAAUAAGUAAUGAUUUCUGUUUCUUUAGUUCUCCUUUUAAUAGCAAGUAUGUCUUAAACAGAUAGCCACUUGGCCUUAUCUUGAUCAUACUGAAACUGACAUACUGUAUUCAUAGACAAUAAUUAAUUUGCCUGUGGUAUAUAAAUAUUUUAUGGGCAUUUUUCAAGCCCCAAAUUCUCCAGAAAAAGAAACAACUUGUUAGCCUUAAAAUAACAUGGCAGCAUGACACGCUGAAAAGGUUAUUCCAUCAUUCCUCUCUGGUUACUUGAACAAGAAACAUUGAAAUGGCCUAAGUCUGAAUGCUGUGAGAUACAGACAAGAGCCUUUCCUGUUACACAUGGCUAGUAUCCUGGGUCCUCAAAAGCUCAUUUGGACUUGGGAAAGGAUGCAAUGUUGCAAGGCAGCAAAAAGGAUUCAAAUCUCAAGAUAAUCCAGUUUCCCAAUAGAUACGGGCCCAAUAUUCUGUAGUUUGGGUUAUGCUCUUCCCAUUCAUUCUAGAAAGGCAGGAAAAAUGAAGAUCUUUUUGGUUGGAGCUAAUCCCAGGCCAGUCUUUUUCCUGCCUACCACUCCGAUAGGAUGUGUCUGUUGUUGAUAUGCUUCAUUGUCACUACAGUUGCUCCAGCCCUUUGCAUUGGACUUCCUUUUCCUUCUUGUUACCUCAUUAAAAAAGCAAGCUUA